GACCGGCCGGACACCCUCCCCGGGGCCCCCGGUCCGGCCCCGUCCCGCCCCUCCCCGCCCGGUGCCCAUGGCGCUUGAGGACGGAGAAGCAGGGGAGCAGCGCCGGCGCCCGUCCCGGUCCCCGCCGCGGGAGCCGCGCUAGGACCCCCUUCCCUGGGCGGGGCGGCCCCCCCGGCAUGUAACGGGCCCGGUCCCGGGGUCCGGCGGGGGCGGCCGCGAUGGCCGGCCCGGACAGCGGCAACCUGCGGGCCGUGAGGCUGUGGCGGGACGCCGCCCUGCGCGCCAGGAAGCUGCGGACCAACCUGCUCCAGCUGACACUCGGUUCGGCCGGAGCCGGUCCGGGGGACCCCCCCGAGUCCGGCCCUCCAACCGGGGACGGCUCCGGGCCCCGGGGGCCUCGCCCCGCCGACCUCGGGGCCGUCGAGGUACUCAACCUGGGCAACAACGGGCUGGAGUGGCUGCCCGAGGGCCUGGGCCCGGCCCUGGGCCGGCUGCGCGUCCUCAACCUCCGCCGGAACCGGCUCCCCAGGCUGCCCCCGGCGCUGGCCGAGCUGGGGGGCCAUCUCACCGAGCUGGACCUCAGCCACAACCGGCUGAGCGGCCUGGGCGGCGAGGCGGUCGGGGCCCUGCACCAGCUGCGCAAGCUCGGCCUGGGCCACAACCAGCUGCCCGCCCUGCCCGCCCAGCUGGGCGCCCUGGUCCACCUGGAGGAGCUGGACCUCAGCUUCAACCGGCUGGCCGGCCUGCCGGACUCCCUGGCGCGCCUGCGGCGGCUGCGCACCCUGGACGUGGACCAUAACCAGCUGACCGCCUUCCCCCGGCCGCUGCUGGCGCUGGCCGCCCUGGAGGAGCUGGACGUGUCCGGGAACCGGCUGGGCCGGCUGCCCGAGGAGAUCGGGGCCCUGCGCGCCCUGAAGAUCCUCUGGUUGAGCGGGGCCGAGCUGGCCGAACUCCCCGGCGGCUUCUGCGAGCUGGCCGGCCUGGAGAGCCUCAUGCUGGACAACAACAGGCUGCGGGCGCUGCCGCCCCGCUUCAGCCUCCUGCGCCGCCUCAAGACCCUCGACCUCUCCUCCAACCUCCUGGAGGAGUUCCCCGGGGCCCUGCUGCCGCUGGCCGGGCUGGAGGAGCUCUACCUGAGCCGCAACCGGCUCUCGGCCGUGCCCGCCCUGAUCGCCGGCCUGGGCCGCCUGCUGGCCCUGUGGCUGGACCACAACCGCCUGCGCUACCUGCCCGACGCCAUCGUGGAGCUGGCCGGCCUGGAGGAGCUGGUGCUGCAGGGCAACCAGAUCGCCGUGCUGCCCGAGGACUUCGGCCAGCUGGCCCGCGUGGGCCUGUGGAAGAUCCGCGACAACCCCCUGAUCCAGCCGCCCUACGAGGUCUGCAUGAAGGGCAUCCCCUACAUCGCCGCCUACCAGAAGGAGCUGGCCCACUCGCGGCCGGCCGUGCAGCCGCGCCUCAAGCUGCUGCUCGUGGGCCGCAAGGCCGCCGGGAAGACCCUGCUGCGCCGCUGCCUCACCGAGGGCCGCCCCGGGGAGCGGGAGGGGGCGGGGCCCGGGCCCGACGGGCGGCCCCCGGACCCCCCGCCGCCCCCGGGAGGCGGCGGCGGGGGCAUCGAAGUGACCAGCUGGGCGGCGGACGCGGCCCGGGGCCUGCACUUCGUCGUCUACGACCUGGCCGGGGACGACAGCUACGAGGUCAUCCAGCCGUUCUUCCUGUCGCCGGGGGCCCUCUACCUGCUGGUGGUGGACCUGGCGGCCUACGAGCCGCGCGGCUUCCCCGCCGCCGUGGGCUCCUUCCUGCGGCGCGUGGGCGCCCGCGUGCCCCACGCCGUGGUCUGCAUCGUGGGCACCCACGCCGACCUGUGCAGCGAGCGGGAGCUGGAGGAGAAGUGCCUGGACAUCCACCGGCAGAUCGCCCUGCAGGAGAAGCGGGACGCGGAGGGCCUGCGCCGCCUGGCCCGCAGCCUGGACGAGGCCCUGGCCCGGGACUUCGAGCUGCGCUGUGCCAGCCCCCGCGCCGCCUACUACGGCGUCUCCGACAAGAACCUGCGGCGCCGCAGGGCCCACGUCCAGUUCCUGCUGAACCACCGGCUGCAGAUCCUGUCGCCGGUCCUGCCGGUCAGCUGCCGGGAUCGGAGCCGGCUGUGCCGCCUGCGGGACAAGCUGCUGUCGGUAGCCGAGCACCGUGAGAUCUUCCCCAACCUGCACCGGGUCCUGCCCCGCUCCUGGCAGGUGCUGGAGGAGCUGCACUUCCUGCCGCCGCAGGGCCGGCGCCUGUGGCUCAGCUGGUGGGACUCGGCGCGGCUGGGCCUGCAGGCGGGGCUGACCGAGGACCGGCUGCAGAGCGCCCUGUCCUACCUGCACGAGAGCGGCAAGCUGCUCUUCUUCGAGGACAGCCCGGCCCUCAAGGAGCACGUCUUCCACAACCUCACCCGCCUCAUCGACAUCCUCAACGUCUUCUUCCGGCGCGACGCCGCCCUCCUGCUGGACAAGUUGCUCCCUGGGGAGGCUGGUGGCGGCGGCGGCGGCGGCGGCGAGACCUGGGACGGGGGUGAUGACGGGGUUGAGGAUGGGAAGGAAGGGGGUCCCGCCCUGCCGCCUCUGCCUGCCGCCUCCUCCCCCUCCUCCUCCUCCUCCUCCUCCCCCACCUCCCGGGACCCGCUGCGGGCCGCCCAGCUGCGCCACUACGUGGAGGGCUUCCUGCUGCACGGACUGCUGCCGGCCCACGUCAUUCGGCUGCUGCUCGAGCCACACGUGCAGACGCCGCAGGACCUGCAGCUGCUUCUGGAGUUGCUGGAGAAGAUGGGGCUCUGCUACUGCCUCAACAAGCCCAAGGGCCAGCCCCCGCCGGGUGGCGGUGCCGGCGCCUCCCCCACCGCCUGGUACAAGUUCCCCUGCUAUGUGCAGAACCGGGCGCCUCCCGUCGAGGCCUGGGUGACGGGCGCCGGCCCCACUGGCCAGGCCUUCGUGGCCGAGCAGCUGCAGAUCCGCUACAGCUUUCCCUUCACCUCUCCGCCCGGCCUGUUUGCCCGCUACAGUGUCCAGAUCAACAGCCAUGUGGGACAGCGGGCUGACGGCAAGUUCCAGAUCUUCGCCUACCGGGGCAAGGUGCCCGUGGUGGUGAGCUACCGGCCGGGCCGAGGCGCCCUGCAGCCGGACACGCUGUCCAUUGCCAGUCAUGCCUCGCUCCCGAACAUCUGGACGGCCUGGCAGGCCAUCACCCCCCUGCUGGAGGAGCUGAACGGGCUGCUUCAGGAGUGGCCCGGCCUCUACUACACCGUGCACAUCCUCUGCUCUAAGUGCCUUAAGCGAGGCUCGCCCAAUCCGCACGCUUUCCCGGGGGAGUUGCUGAGUCAGCCGAGGCCGGAGGGUGUGACCGAGAUCAUCUGCCCCAAGAACGGCAGCGAGCGCGUCAACGUGGCCCUGGUCUACCCACCGACGCCGACCGCCAUCAGCCCCUGUUCCAAGAAGAACGUUGGUGAAAAGCACAGAAACCAGUGAGCCUUUGGUUGCUGCUGUGAAGUUCCACCGAGAAGAGGGGAUGCCAGAACUGGCCUGGAGGAGCACGGGCACCAGGCAGGCUUGGUGAUCCUGCCCUGGUGCUAGGAAAGGUUAAUGAGGAGGUGCAUUAUGUACACCGCAGGCACCAGAUGGGCUCUAUGGCCCUGCCUUGGCACCGAGAAUAGUUAAUGAGGGGGUGCCAUCAUGGGCACAGGGUGGGCUCUGUGGUCCUGCCCUGGCAAUGGGAAUGGUGAAUGAGGGUGCCAUUGUGGGCACCGGGUGGGUUCUGUGGUCUCAUCCUGGCAUUGAGAAUGGCUAAUGAGGGGGCACCAUUGUGGGCACUAGAUAGGCCUUGUAUUCCUGGCCUGGCAGCAGGGAUCGUUACUGAUAGGUGCCAUCCUGGGCAUCAUGGGCACCAGGUGGUCUCUGUGGCCCCACUCUAGCACUGGCUGUGGUUAAUGAGGGGGGACCAUCAUGGGCAUUGGAGGAAUCAGGUGGGCUCUGUGACCCCAUCUUACCACUGGUCAUGGUUCAUUAGGGGGUCACAUGGAGUGCUCAGACAAGGGAAAGGGACCCUGCCUUGUGGAGAUUUCAGGGGAGCAGGGGAAGCAAGGGCGCAGCAAACACGGAGCCAACACUGUCUGCCUCUAGCCUUGGCCCCCGGCCCUACCCAUCCUACCCCGUCCCAGGUGGAAGAGCUGCUGGAGAAACAGGAAGGGCAUGCGGCUUCUCAGGGAUCGUGUUUGCUGGGCAGCACCACUAAAGCCAUAGUUUAAGGUAGGCACUGGGCCAGCGCACCCGGAUCGGAUCGCAGGUUUCCAUUUGUUGCGUGUGAGGAGAGAGGGCGGCUCUGACGCUCAUCGCUGUUCAGUAAUGACUGUAAAAUAUGUAUAUGUUUAUCUUUAUUUUUAUAAUAUGCAAAUACAUUUAAAUUUAUACAGGUUCAAGCUUUUAGCGCUAGUUAACACUGGGUGCAAUAUUCUGCAUGAGAACCGUGCCAAGAUGGGACUGGUUUUUUGUCUCCUUCAUUUUUUUACCUUUGAGGUUUUUCUUGUUUCUGGUGUCUUUUUGUUCGAUUGACCAUCACAGCUGGACCUCCUCAGGGCUGGCCCUCCUCAUGGCCGGCCCUCGCUGCCCUCUUGCGUUUCCAUUCCUGGGUCAGGAUCCACACGCCAGCCCCGGAGUGGGAAGCAUAGUCGGAGCCUCGGGCAUCGGGACCGCCUUCUCCUGCCCACCUCUCACUCGCCCACCCUGGCCGAGCCGGAACAGACCUCAAAGGAAAUCGUCCCUCGACUGGGGUUGAAACCCAUCGUGGCCUGACAAAACAGCCGCCACGGAGCCCGGAACUAAGACUGCUGCCCACCUGCCAAGGUGCUUCCAGGGCAACACUCCUGCCCACCCCGGGGCUGCCCGGGCCAGGCUUGGAGUAGGUGGGCGGAGGGCUGAGGCCCAGAGAAGAGAUCCUGACCUCGAAGCUGCUCUCCUCACUAGCAGUGGGCUGGGGCCCGGCCAAGCGAUGUCUCCCUGACCUGUUCAUAGCGAGGGGUGCCGGCCUUCCUGCGCCUGAACCCACCGAACGUUCUCGGAGCCGGGGUCUCGAGGAUGGAGGGUGCUCGUCAGUCGGGAGCGAUUUGCUGCAGGAGGAAGUACAAUCCCUGAACGCCAGCAGGGCCUCUCCUGCUCCGUUCCCCUUGGGCCGGUCUGCAGAUGAGUGUCUUGGUCUUCGUAAUUGGGGAGUGCGGUCUCGUGCCACCCCGAACCCCCCAGGGCCUUGGACGGCUCUUCCAUCCUCCGUCCCUUUGGAGCUUCCAGAGAAGUUGGGAAAGGGAUCCCUUUGGAGCUUCCAGAGAAGUUGGGAAAGGGAGCUCAGUGAAGAGACAUACUGAUUUCCAUCCCGGCAGCACGACGUUUUUGGGGAGCAAAAAAGACAGGCCCUCCCCUCCCCCCACCCCCAUCUCCUGCUUCACCUGAGCAGCGUUGGGAGCCCUGCAAAGUCUCGCGUCGCCCCCUGGUGGCAGGACGAGGAGUGGCACAGGGCCGCCGCCAUUCAAUCUGCCUCUUCGCUUCUCCAAAGCACGUCUCCUUGAAUGCUGCAGUCUCCACAGCCUCGAGUUGUCUGUCCCUCCCGGAGGCCCCCCUGCUAUUUCAGACCAUCCCAAACGGCUUUUCUAGAAUGUCGCCCACCCCCAGGAGGGGGUGGGGCAGGGCUCAGCCCGCAACCACCAGUCACCAUGGUGAGCUUGUGCAGCGCACGUAUUUGAUCAGAACAGUCAUCUGCUUUCCCCCCAGUUGCAGCCUUUGAUCUGAUAUGUGAUGGCUCCAGUUUGGGAUUUGAAUUAACUAGAAGACCGCCGGAUCUUCGUAAUCCUCAUCCCCGACCUGUGUGUGUGGUUGUGGGGUCAGGUGAAUGUUAAGCAUGGUUGGGCUGCUGGGCUGUGCACCCUUGAGGCUCUCCGACGAGUGGCCGGGGAUCAGCCCCUGUUAGAUGGGAAUGCCACCGAAGCCCCAGCAGAGGCCUCGCCCGUGUGGGUUUUGUGGUUCAAGGAGAAGGUCGUUGGGCUCCAACAGAGAUGGGAAAGUAUCCAGAAAACUCGGCUACCUGGCAGGGGUGCCAUUGCCCAAGCAGGAACUCCAUCACCACCUCAGCCCAUGGGAGCCAUCGAGCCUCCGUCACCUGUUUCAGGGAGGUCACAAUGUUAGUCCUCUAAGCAGGAGGGACCAGUCCAACCAAGCAAUCUCCCGCCUCACAAAACAGCUGUCCUCUAUGCGAUCCAUGCGACCUGUGGCAUCCACACCACUUCGUGGAAUCAUCAAAGUGCUGUCAGAAUGAGUGUGAUUGUGUUGUGUGUGUGUGUGUGUAUGUCUGACUCAUCCUCUGCCAUCCACAGAGGUGGGGCCUGGCUCCUGUAGGACGGACCCUUAUGUGUUGUGUUUGUUCUUGGGUGGCUGGGAGAGAUGGCGGAUUCCCUCCCACCUGUGGUUUGUGAAGUGCAGUUGUGGUUGCCCAUUCACUCUGCAUAACCAGGCCAAGAUGGAGACAGUUGUCACCAAAACAGUCAAAAUAAAAGCAAAAGGAUGGAUCCUCA